AUGGUUGCGGUGUUGCUGGUGGUCUUGGUGGUGCGAAGGAACGAAAGUUCUACGGCCAUCAGGCCGAGAGGAGAGGAGGACCUCCCCUGCUUCUCGGCCAGCAGUCGUGGCACGAGAGCGAGGGUUUGCAAAGAGGAGGAGGAGGAGGAGGAGGAGGCGAGAAAGUUGACGAAAUUCCUCACUUCCACGCGGGUGACAAUGGUGUGGAUGAUGCAGAAAGCGCAAUCGAUUAACCAAUUAAUUAGCUGA